AUGGCCAUCAACACGCAGGCAUCACUGGAGAAGGCGCUAGAGGGCUCCCCUCCGCCCGUGGACUCCCAGAAGAAGGAGAAGCUGCUGGCUGCCGUUGGGCAAGCCCCCAAGGCCUUCUUAGCUGGUGGCGGGGAUGACGGAGCACCGGGUGAGACAGAGAGGAACGGCCACCACAGCCUACCUUACCAAUCUGGCUUGGAGGGGAAGCUGGAGGACAUGUUGCUUUCGCUGUUAAGGCUUAGCUUGGGGCACGUCUCCUCCACAGCCACCACCUCCAAUCUGCAAGAGCCGGGCCGCUUGCGGGACUACCUGCCGCUUGCCACCCUCUCAUGCUUUUGCCCCAUCUGGCCCCUUAACAUCCUGGCCUUGGUCUUCUCUGUCAUGGGAAGCAUCUGA